GGCGAGGGUCCAGUGGAUCUUUGGUGUUGUGAUGAUGAGUGCAAAUGGAAAACGAAGGAAACAGCGCACAGCUGGGGUGAUAAAGGGCAGGAAUGUCUGGCACAGCUUUCAAUUCUCCUCAGCUCGACAUGAGCGACAGCGCCUCGUGCCCUUUGGGUCUAGCGCCUGACGCUAAGCAGCGCCCGGGGUGUGAAACGAGACGAGGAAUGGCGAACUACCUUGUUUUACAAUGCGGGUGGCCCAGUCCUUCAUCAGAUUGUGAGCGUACAGUACCGCCGAACCCUGUAGACGCCUUCUUGAAGCAGUUGGGAUUGUCUUCACCUGCAAGAAGGGCAGCCAAAGCCUGCUGGCACUCGUUGUACGGCGAAAAAGUACACACGACCAUCCUCGUAGGCUGUUGCGCUAGGACGCCAUUGCGGCCUCUAAAAUUAGAGAUGCGCCUGCACACCCCAACGCCUUAUUCCAGCGCCGCUGACUGGCACUGCUCAGCCUCACUACCACCACGAGAGACAACCGUGACGACCUCCUCGCUCUGCCCGGCGGUAUUGAAUCUAUUCCCGAAGUGCGUUCCUGCAUCCGCCACUUGGAGAGGCUCACCGCCCCCAACGGCAGGUUACUACUGCGCCGCUUGGUGCUUUGGUGCACUUUGUUUGCAUGCACCGGCGAGCCACUUUGUUGGAUUGGCCGUUGCGCGUCCCUUCAUGCUCCAUCAAGCUAGACGUCGCCCUGUCAACGUCAGCAAACACGCCGGUAAAAGACAAGCAACAUCCCCGUGCACAUCCCUUCAAGGCUGUAGACAGCGGCUCUUCCUCGUGGAAUUGUACCCUCACGACAUGCAGUCUUACUGUGUAUUUGCAUCGUAGUCAGCAAGCCUUGGGGGCCUCAGCCCUAGCUGUUAUUGAGCCCCGCCGCACUGCUGCGUUGGCAUCAAAUCUCACUUCUCUCGCCCAUGCUUUCAUGAGGGAGUAGCAGGGACCACCCAGAAAUUAAGCUCUCCUUUUCGAUGAAG